CCUGCCAGUGGAAAGCUUGAUAACAAAUCCACAAAUGACCUGACAAAAACUGUCAAAAGGAAAAGAAAGUACUCACGCCCUUGUGAUAGAUGUGCUCUUCGGAAGAUCCGUUGUUCUGAUGUCAGGCCUUGUGUGAGGUGCACUGACGGUAAUCAUCAAUGUACGAGCAACAGAAUACGCAAAAAGUGUGGACCCAAAAAGAAAACCAAAGAGAAACAACCCCAAGUCAUCCAAACAAAGAGCUAUUCAGUUUCUUCUGAUUCAUCUUCCAGUGUUUUCAGCAUGGACAAUUUUACUGAAAAUAGCUCGGUAACGGAUCUCAGCACUGUCUUCUCUCCGCUUCCAGAAGCUGCACCAGCCAUCAAGAUAGCUGAUGUGGUGUGGUACUUGCAGGCAUACCAAAGUUGGUUUUACAGCGUUUGGCCUGUGGUUUCAACUUCGAAUUUGAUAUUUCGUCUAUCAAAUAUAGAUUUUCAGAAGACACUUUCCUACGAAGACUCAUUACCAUAUGCUCUAUCACUUUCGAUAAGUGCUGCAAUUGCCAAUCAGAUUGAGGCUUCCUCCAUGUCUGUCAUGGAAUUGCCUCCAUUGAUGGAAGCAGACCGAUAUGCUCUGGAAGCAUUGAGGAUUAGAGACGUUUAUGCUCAUAGUAUGAUACCAUGCACUGAGACUAUAUUAACAUCAUACUACUUGUACGUCUAUUUCACUACCGUCCGUGGAGGUACACAAGCUUCGCUACAAUAUUUACAGGAGGCCGUUUCUACGACACAGCAGUUAGGAUUGCACAACCCAAUGACUUAUCUUACAAAGUCUCCUCACGAAACACACCUGUUGUCAAAAGUGUACCAUUUGCUCCUUGUCACGGAGAGGGUAAUUAGUAUUCAGCAUGGAUUUCAACUGGUUCUUACUACUGGUAUUCCUCUUCCAACAAUAGAAGACGACGAGUACCCUUUUGCAUUAGUUGAAUUUGUUGAUCUAUUAAAAUUGUUUGUGAAUUCAGAAGCAACGAUAAACCCAAAAAUUGAAGUUUUGGCUAACAAUAUUAAUGACUCAAGCAGCUCGGGGAACAUACCCAACUUGAACACGAAUUACAAUGACAGCUACAGGUAGUUGUGUGAUUCUAUCGAGAUAUUUCAGCAGGGAUGAUUCAAAACCCUUGAAGCUUGUGGUCUUGCUAGACAACUUUCAAUUCGAUGUAACCACACCAAAACUUGUACGCUCUAAGCCCCAUACAUUUGCUCCACCAGAUAGCCGUGCCAGUUCUUUGGUCUUCAGAUUUAGAACCCCUGCAUCCCCUUGAUGGGCAUUUGCAGUUCCCGAAACCACUAUUGAAUAGGACAUUUCGCAUUACAAUAGACAUGCGCUGAAAUAACUACCGUAAGCCAGGGUACGGCGGGUAUAGUAUUCCCCGCAAACCCCACCGUCCCCAUCUAAGCCUAAAUACUUGAUUCGAUGGAACACCCCAGUUCGGAGUCGGACU